GGUUGCAAUGUGAUGCUUUUGUAGUUUGAUAUUCGGUGGUGAUCGAACUCGAGUGAUCUACUAUAUAUAUAAGAAAGUGAAGGCUGCUGUCUGUCUGGUGUCUUGAGCAAAUGGGCUGGUUGGUAAAUGCAGAGCUAGGUUUGGAUGAGGAAAAAGGUCAUGAGAAGGGAAAAAGCGUAAUAGAGAACUUGGAUUUAAUCACUAGGAUCUAAAGAUUUGCAGAUUGUGUGAUAAAUUAUAAAGGUUAGAGAUUUGAUAUUCUGGAAACAAUGGGCAAUAGUUUCAUGCCAAGUUCACAAGGUUUAUGGUAGUGGGAAUUCCAAUUACACACGUCUGAAGUGGAUGGAUUUUUUACAAAAUCGAUGUGAAGUCUUGGUUUAAAAUGGACAUAGAUGAUCGAAACAGCUGAAUCAUAUCGAAGCCCUAUGACUCAAAGUUACUUUGAAAUUAAUUAAGGAAAUGACUCUUGGCCUUUUGUGGGGCUAGUGCCUUUUGUAAACAGUAAAGUCACUGUUUUGGGUUUGCUUGAACCCAUGCCCUUCCAGUGCCAACAGAGGAUCUGCUGUGUUCAAGCACCACUUUUGGGAUGAUGCAUGUCUGGUCCGUGAAUGUGGCCAGAUAUUCUGUGGAGUUAGUCAUCUGAUGGAGACCAUAUGAUCAUAACCAAAAGACCUUUGGUUAUUUAAUCAGAAAGACAUUAUUCUCUCUUCCUAAUGAAGUUCUUUUAGUUUCUCCCAGAUGGUAAUUUCUUUGGCGACAUGAUGUUGCAUUUUGAUGGAAAAUGUGGCCCCAGAAACGACAUCCAUGCUUGUGACAUGAUGCAAAAUAGUCUUCAACCUAUGUGCAAUAAAAUAGUAAUCUGGAGAUUAAGACAGUUUGUGGCAACUCAAAGCCUACAAAUGCCCACUUCGUUUUGCAAAUUGCAAGGCUGUGUGCCACCAUGUCGGAAGAUGAUGAUAACCAGACUUCUAUUGUGACCCCAUUGAAGGCAGUGUAGCUCAAUGAAAAUCAUGUGAUCUGGUCUCUGGGAAGAUGGAUCUGUCCAUGAUGAAAUGUCUGGAUGACGGAAUAAUAUGGGUGUCAAACCUUGUGGUGGGUGCAAUGGAUGGGUGAUUGAUGCUGAGCAAGAAUGAGACAUCACCUCUUGGUCACGCAGCCUGUUGUUAACGAUGUCAUAUUUAUCAGCAAAAUCCAAGGAUCACAUCAUUCAAAUACAUUAUUUGAGUUCUUUUCUGCACAGCUCAAGCAUGCGAGAAGCAGCACCAGGCUUUGCAGAGUUGGCUGGGUUGGAUGAAGCCUUAGUCCUGUAGCAAUGCGAACAAUGGCUAUGAUUGGACAACCCAAGAAAACUAUGAAGGAGAGGAUUGAUCUUGAGUGCUACAGCAGCACAAGAAGUUCUGGAUCAAAGAAAUGUGCCAUCAUCCAUUUGAUGAGUGAAGAAAACAUAGAGCCAACUGGUUGCCAAAGCAAUUGUUUGGUUGUUGUCUAGGCAACAAAGCUCAGUGCCAAGAGCAAUUAUUUGGAUGCUGUGCAGGUAAUGUUACUAGGUGGAAAAUUUUUGACCUUUGCAUCCAACAGUAGAAGGCAGGACUGCUGGCAUGGGCCCUCUUGUCAGCAAGGAAGGCUUCCCCCCUCGUGUCCCCACUGCUUCUUGUGGUCCUAUUGGAAAACUGGGCAUACAACUCGAUCAUGACUACAUAUCCAUUAGUACAUGGAUCUUCUGAACCAGCCAUGCGAUUGGAUAGUUGGGCGGUGCCUAUUUGUGGCAGGGAGAGGAUGAUUCCCAGUAUGGAUAGCUCAAGACUGUUUUACCAGGUGCCAGUUGAGGUCAUGCCAUGGCGGGCAAAUCACUAUCCAAGGGUGCUGCUGUUCAUGUGGAAUCAAUCACAUUGCCGUGAUGUCCCGCCAAUCAUGAUCCAGGUUUGGCCACUUACCGUGGUCAAAGAUUGCAUCUUCGAGUGGAUCAGAGCAUUUAAACUGGGCGACUGCGACCAAAAGCAAGCAUCCCCGCCAUCAUGUUCCAUGGUUGGUGCAAGUCACAUGUCAUCGCAGUGUUCUGCUGCCGAGUGGAAGCUCUCGGAUCAGGUUUCAGGUCAUGCAGGUGAACCGCAUCUGAUUCCGUUUGGCUUGGCUCGGUGACCCAAUCGUAGACACUUGGACAGCAUCCUACGUGAUGUGGACAUGGCAACUGAUCCGUGUGCCAAGUUGUACUGCAUCAUCAUCUGCCAUCCACGUUCCCUUGUCAACUUCUCUGAUCGAUUGCCGGCGUGCCCCGAGUCUUAUUCGGUGCGUUAUGGUGAGCGACCCCAUCACCCAAAUCUGUACAGCAGGAAAGGACAAAAAUGAGAAGAGGAAUAUAUACACCAAAUUUGUACUUGGGAGUGCAGAAAACGUUACAAUCACACUCGCAACUGAUGGAUUUCAAUUUUUGACUUUAUCCAUUUGAAGGAUUUAUAGUCUUAUCUAGCGGUCGAUCAUGAUUGUAACUCACUAGUCCUCUAUCUUCACCACCUUACCCUCGAUGCAUCGACCUUAUCAGCUAUUUAGCUAUAUAGUUAAAACUGCUUCCUCAGACUGCUAAAGAACAUGUAUCUUCCACCAAAAGUUCACACUGUAAACUGUUCUGAUGCAUACGAUGUCUCUACAAGUUAUUAAGGAAAAACAAUUACUGAAAGUAUAACUUAUUAUAGAUAUUUGGAUUACUGCAUUUUUUUUCUUUUUGUCGAUGCAUCCAUCUGGUUGAAGAACAUUGAGAUCACCACCAUAUCUCUUCCUAGUAUGUCACCUUCAUCAUCAAGGACUUUAGAUGAGUUCUCAAUGAUUCACCAUCAGUUAGCAACAGGAAUCCACAAA